CGUGCUCUAGCAGCUUGAUCGAGUGGACGACGGAAGUUUUUGUUCGCGGUGUGGAAAAAACUUUUUGGUGGAAAAUUGGGGACACUUUCGCUGAAUUUGGACGCCUUUUUUCCGGACUGUUUCGCUUUGGUUUGUGUGUGACGCUUCGGCGGUCGAAAUUUUCCGAGUUUUGUCGGUGAAAAACGGUGUUUUGUUGCCCGGAAUUUACCCUGUCCUGGCUGAGAAGAGUGGUGCCCGAGAAAAAAAAUUGCUUUCUUGAGGAACGGGAAAGUGUGAAUAGUGCUUUUUGCGGUGGCGGACGCUCUCUUUGUCGCCCGUUCGGAUUCAGUGUGUGUAGGUUUUUUUUUGGUGAAUUCUGGUUUGUACAGUGAAAAGAUCCCCCACCGGAAGAAGUCCAGCUAGUAGUCGGCUGGUUGGUGCAGUUUGGCCUUUGCGGCUGUUCGAUUUCUGGUGACUGGUUCAGUUUUGAUUUCUUUUUCGUAUUGCUGGAAAGUUCGGAUUCGAAGUGGGAAAAAUUCCGCUGAGGACGAAGACGGGAAUAACACAAGCGAAGAAGAAAGAGGAAAAAGUGCACGUCGAGACGUCUCUUCUCUGGCUCGGUCCGGAAGAAUAACAACAACAUCAAGAGUCGGUGUUUGCGUGUGUGACAGAAGAAAAAGCAAAAAGCGCCCCCUUCGAGUGUUGAAGAAGUGCGAUCCCCAACCCAAGCAACCAGAAAUUAUCCGUCGAGUGUAUCGCGAGUAAAUUGAUUAUUGUUUCAGUGUUGUGUUUUGGGUUUUUGUUCGACUUGGAACACCCAAGAGCGUAGAGACGACGGAGAGGACCCAGUUGAAUCCUCUUGGAGGACUACUAGCGGAGUGACUAUACUCUUUUGCGUAACGACGAACAAGGACUCUGAUUUUGUUUUCUGUUGACACCCAGGAGCCGGAACGAGAAGCAAAUCCACCAAUGUCAACCGUGUCAGAUCAGCGGAUGAAAGGACAAGGAAAUCACGGUUAUGGUUAUGGCUCGCAGCAGACGACAUCGGGUGCACAGUUCCAAUAUCCUCCGUUCAGCGGUGUAGGCGAAACGACUACGGCGGCCUGGUCGAAUGGGACUGAAAGUAUCGCUAUAAUAGGUGGAAAUGAUUACAAUAACUCAUGGGGAACGCAACAAGUGAGCCACGGUCACGCUGGUGCUGGUGCCGGAGGACAAUCGCAAAGAAAGUCGUACGAUGAUUACUACCACCGGAAUCAGGGAGCUUACCACGAUGGAAUUAAGAAUGUUGAGUCAUCAAUGCAGGGACUCGGCCUCGGCUCGAUGCGCCACAACAGAGACGGCAACCAUCACUCCUCGCACGGCAACAGUUCACUAUCCAAGUCAGACCAACAUCACCAGCAGCAGAAGGAAGCUCCCAAAAAGAUGACCUGGGCGUCGAUUGCAUCCCAACCGGCAAAACCGCAAGUGAACACCACGAGUACCACGGUGAAGAAGAAGGGCCCCGGUAUGCCCCCACCACCGAUGGUUCCCGGCAAGCACAAUAUGGAUAUCGGCACCUGGGACUCGCCGUCCAAGAACGGACCUAAUGCGAUGGUCCCGACGCCGACUCCGCCUCCGAUUGUACCUCCGCCGGUAAUCGAACCAUCGCCGCUCGCUGAACCACCGGCCGGUGGCAAGGGUGGCCCCAACAAUGCCUCUACAAUGGGCGGAGGUGGCCACGACGGCGGCAGCGGAAGACACCAUCCGCAUCAUCAGCAACAGUAUCAACAGCAGCAACAACAGAACAUGGGACCACCACCAGGAGUUCAGAACUCACGUUGGCCGACGCCCGGCCAAGCUCAGAAUCCACCUCCCCAGCAGCAACCGCAGAACCAGUCCGGCGGAGCUAUGAUGCCUCAGCAGCACCAUGGCCAGCGACCAGAUCAUCGCCAGUAUCAUCAAGAUAGACCGCAGCAUAACAACCGCGGUAACUAUUCCGGACCGCCCCCAUCCAUGAACCAACAGGGCGGCGGCCAAGGCUACCAUCAGCCACCUCCGUACCAUCAUCAGCCCCCAGCAAUGCAGCAUCACCAUUCGCGACAGAAUCAAAAUCAUCAUGAACCACCACCUGCUCAUCAGCAUCAACAUCAGCAGUCGAACGAACGUGGUAGCUAUCAGCAACCACCACCUCCACAGCAUCGCAUGCCACAAGAAGACAACAGAAGAGGCCCAAGCAACGGCCCCGCCAGUUAUAAUCAAGAUAGCCAGACAUCUCAACCACCAGCAUCAGUGGCACCACCCCAACAACAACAGCAGCAACCGCCACAGCAGCAGCCACAACAACAACCACAGCCACCAGUACAGCAGCCUCCGGCACAAGUUGUACAACAACCGCAACAGCAGCCAUUGCCGCCACUAUCUCCAACGCCAAGUGCCGGCGAAACGGCCACGGCCACUUCACCGACGGCAAUCCUCACUCAGUUGCCGAACAAGAACUACAAUCCGACCAAUCUGGAUAUGCUGGAUACGGCGCACCUAGCUAGGUUCUUCGUUAUCAAAUCCUACUCGGAGGAUGACAUCCACCGAAGCAUCAAGUACGAGAUCUGGUGCUCGACCGAACACGGCAACCAGCGGUUGGAUCAGGCGUAUCGCGAACGCGAAGAGAAAGGUGGUAUGGUGUAUCUGUUCUUCUCGGUGAACGGAUCGGGCCACUUCUGCGGUAUCGCGCAGAUGAUGACGGCCGUCGAUUACAACUCCGUUUCGAACGUGUGGUCCCAGGACAAGUGGAAGGGCACUUUCAAGGUGCGUUGGAUCUACGUGAAGGAUGUGCCGAAUGCACAACUUCGGCAGGUACGGCUGGAGAAUAACGAAAACAAACCCAUCACAAACUCGCGCGACACCCAGGAGGUGCCCAACGCGAAGGGAAUCCAGGCGCUGAAGAUCAUCCACACCUUCAAGCACACCAUGUCGAUAUUCGAUGACUUCAUUCACUACGAGCAACGCCAGCUGGAGGAGAACACUAAGAAGCAUGACCCGCAGCCGUCUUACAGGCCGCAACAGUAUGGCGGGGGUUACGAUGCUCCCAGCAAGUACCACAACAACUACAACAAGUAUAACGAUCGGGAUGGUGGCGGCGGCGAUAGCUACGGUCGGGGAGGAUACGGUAGAGACUACCAAAGCGGCUACAACAAGGGCUAUGGUGGAUACAACCGUAAUCAGUACAAUCAGGACGGAGGCCGAAGUGGCGGCUAUCAAAGCUACGAUAGGCGAAACAAUAACCCUAGCGGGAAUGGUAGCAACAGUGGUGAUGACCGCGACGGUGGCAGUAACUACUCGCGGGAUGGUCAUGAUGGUGGUGGCUACCAGCGAAGCUAUAACCGUCCGAAUCGUGACUAUUACGACAACCGUGGCCGGAGCGACUAUCGCGAUCGGGACAGCGGUGGAUUCAGGUCACGCGACGGUAUGGAUCGUGGUGGCAGUCGAAUGGAUGCCGAUGGUGGCUCCCGGGAUGGAGGAGUGGACAACAAUGGCGCAGGCGGCGGUGGUGGUGGUGGCUAUCGAGGCGAUUCGAGGGACCACUACCGGGUUGGUAACUAAGGUGUCGAGCAAGGGACCGCAAUGACCAACAGCUGCAGCAGAAAAGCGGUCGCGGGAUUCGGAGUGGCGCUCUCCCACUGCAACAACGGCAACAGCAGGCAGGUCCCGUUUUCCAUCACAGCAGAGAGGUGCUUCUAAUCGCUCAAGUUAACAACCAGCGAGCAAAUGAUAAUGAAGAUGUUGCAUAUGACACACACUGAGACACUAAACAAACACACACACAUACAUUUUUAAAAACUUGAUUGAUUUAUACUAUGUAAUAGAUAGCGACAGACACGAACAUAUACAGAGACACGUAAUAUGGAGAGAAUAAAGUAAGCUAAAUACAACACAUAAAUAUCUAAGAUGAAAAGUUAAGUGCGAGAACGGAAGAUUUAAGGAUAGGAAGAGAAAAAGCUGAACACUAAUAUAUAUCGAUGCUAACAAAGGGAAAAAACAAAUAUUUAAUAAACGUUAAGAAACAAUUGCUCUUAAUACACAAGAAAAGCACGACAAGAAAUUAGUACGACUUGUUGAAUAAUUACGCAGAAUCAGAAAAUAUGGUAUAAUCCCCCUUAAAAAUAAAACAACACAAACAAAAACGGUAAUCAAAGAAAUGAUGACAUAACAUUUUUUUAUUGCCGCAAUAAUACAAGCGUGACUUAGUUUGAAAAUGUUAACACGAACGUUAUAAUAUUCCUAUUGAAAUGCUUUACUUUUCUACUUUCAAGAGUAAUCACCGAACAAGGUAAGAAAACAUUCAACAAAGUGCUGCCGUUAGUUACAACAACACGAAUAACAAACACAGAUCCACAGUGAUUAAAACAAUGAAUCUUGAAGAGUAUGAUGAAACAGAAGUUGUUAAAGCACAGUUUUUGUUUUCGAUUUUCCCUAAUUUUUACAAUGCGUAUUUCUCCGUAAGACUGGCCGAUCCUAGUCCUGGAAACAGGGACGACCGGGGCAGAGGGUUUUCGACUCCUUUUUUAUAGGUUAAAUGGCUGCAGAUGAUGUUCCCGAUUUUGCCGCUUAUCCCAAUUGUAUCUCCGCUGCUGGACGGUGGUGAUGAUGAUGAUGAUGAUGAUGAAAAGAGACUAAGACCUAUGUUAGUGCUUUCGAAAGUGAAUUUAACGAGAUACUCAACGAGCUCUGAGGCCAUUGCGUGCCCACAGAAGACUGCCGAAGAAGGACUAAACCGGAAUGUGUGUAAAAGUUUCAAAGAAUCGCAAACAAAUGAUGGAUGCACCGUUAACGUCGACUGAACGAAGAAAAACUACCCUUGAAUCGUUAUAAAAAAAUGAUAAAUCUACAGAAAGACACGUGAACAAAUUGCCAAGUAUUAAGUGUAGUUCAAGCAAAGACUUUCCAUUUCUUUUGUAAAGAAGCGAAUUUGUUUUGUUGAUAUUUUAAUUUUCUUAAAAACAUAACUUAGUGUUUGCCCGACUUUUAAGCAAAACGAACAAAAAGUAUUCCUCAAACAGUUGAAAAAUUCAUCGUAAUUGCAAGGUAUAGUCAAACGACAGUUUAGUUCAUUUUUUCUGAACAAGCUGGCUCGUGUAGAGAAUAAAUAAACAAGGGAACCCCGGUUUCCCGUUGAAGCGAAAUGUGCGUGCAACAAAAAUGGACACUUAAUAGAAUUCCGUCAAGCGAUCCAAAAAACAGUUUAAUGGACAAGUUUUCUACGAAACGAAAAAAAUGGACACUUUUUAACAAGUGGAAACCUAUUUGUGAUACACAUGUUGAUUACUAGUUUACUGUGCGAGUGUUAGAGCGUGAGAAAUCCGAAAUAUCGAAAGUGCGAGUACACGUGGCGAAAACAGGUGGAUAGCAGAAGAUGAAGAAGAAGACGAAGACAUACGAGAAAACUCAGUGCCCCAUCAUCGAUCCGAGUCUGCGGCCAUCAGCGGGGAACUUGGAGCCUGUAUGUGAAUGGAUGCCAGCGCAGGUGACGUACAUGAUGGUGUUUUAUGUUUCAUUUUUUUUUCUCUAGUUUUUUUCCUCGAUAACGAAAAAAGUCAAGAGUAAGCAAAAAUUGUGCUAUGAAUUCUCAAAUAUCCUACAACUUAAUGAUAUAACUAACGAAAACAAACUUAAAUUAAACUUUGCGCACCUUGGGUCUGUUCCUGGACAUUUUGAAUAUUCAAACAGUUGUUAUCCUUUCAUUUAUUUAUUUUUGCUUGAAUUUAACAUUUUCAUCAUUAUUUGUGUUUACAUUUAUCUCCAUUUAAUGAACAUGGUCGUCUUGGAUGAUGAUGAUCUUUUGAUAUUUCGAAUUUAAAAUAACUAAAACUACAAAAACUCUAAGCAAAUGAUAUUGCCAUUGAAAAACUGCAAUUUCUUGUUUGUCAAAAUAUGAUUCAGCAGUUUGAAUACACAAAAUUUCCAGUUCUGGAUUUCGAGUGCGCAUAAUUUCAACUAAAAUUGACAUUUAACCAAGGAAAUCACUGUUCAAAUGCAUCGGUUCAAAGCUGUUUUAGGAAAAACAUUUCUAAUGUUUUUUUUUCUCGCAUAUAAUAUUAAGAUUAACGGAAACAUUAUGGAAUGCGUAGUAUAAAAAGUGAGACUCUAAGUUCAAAAUAACUUAAAACAAAAAACAACCCUACAAAUGCAUCUAAAAAAUAAACUGUGUCUAGAGCAGUGUGAACAAAACUUACGGUAACAAAUUGAGAACACGCAAGAUUUAGAUCUUAAUCUAGCAAAAAUGAAACAAAACAAAAAUCAUUAUUCGUGCAACAAAAAAAAAAAUAGAUACAAAAUGCAUCAACAUUAACUAUCAAUGUUAGACAUAACGAGUUUAGGGAAUCAAAUAGAAACUGAUAAAUCAAAUAUUGCUGAAAAAAUAAUGUUUUUUAGUGAAGAAAAGAAGCAACACCACACAAACACACCUACACAAAUCUUAAUUAUUACAUAGCAUAAAAGGAUUUGUUCCACUAUCAUCAAUGCAUUGAUCAUUUUUGAUAAAACAUAAAUAAAACAAUUCAUUUACUUUACCGUUCAAUUCCCUUCGAUAACGAACGAUUCUCUUUUAUCGUUUCUAUUGAUGAUGAUAAAGAUAAAAUCAAAUUUUCUAGCUCUAGAACUGAUAACAAAGUAAUAAGUCUGCCCCCGAAAAGGAACUAUACGGUAAUGAAUUUGCGCCCCCGGUGGCUCAGCUCUAAUUAAGCAUAGAUCCAAAAAUGAUAAAAAAACGAAGAUGACUAAGCUAGGAUUUGUUGCGAAGCGUGGGAAAAGAUUCGAAUGAAAGAAAAGUAAAAGUUUAUCACACAAUGUUUGAUCCUUAUUAUUAUUAUCGUUUUCAAGUAAUAUUAACUACACGUGAUGAUUGAAACAAACAAAUAAAACUGAUGACAUGAAGCAAGAAAGCAAAACGAAACUGCAAAGUACGAGAGAUGAUUGACAAUUAUAAAAAAAAAAAACAAUGAAAAGUAAUGAAAGUUAUGCUAAUCGAUUGCAAAGAUUUGUAGACAGAAUGGGAAAGCUGAACCUAAACUAAGAUGAGCAAGACGUGUUGAUUGCUGAGAAAAAAAAAAGGAUGUGUACAUAGGGUAAGAAACAUAAUUAAACAUGAAGAAAACGACGAAAAUCUAAUGAUGAAAGAGUUGAAGCAAACAAAAAAAACUAAUAAAAGGCAUAUUGAUUAUAA